AUGCUGACAGAGGAGAAGAAGAAAGUGACAAAUACUAUAUUUGACAUUUUAAUAAUAAACAUGGAAGCUUGUUUAGCUGUUGAAAAAGAGGUUGAUAAAGUAAUUUCUAAAUUUGACGUAAUAAACGACCAUGCAAAAAGAGUUCUAUCCGACUUAAUGAAACAGGUGGAAUCGCUAAAAGAAGAAUUACAAAAUGCACCCGAAAACCAUGUGUUGACGAAAAUACAGACGGAAUUAUUGAAAAACACAAUGACAAAGGCGAAAGAAACAGUUUCCAGGUUAGCCACUGACCACAGAGAUUUGCACAGUACAGUAUCAAAGGUUGGAAAGGCCAUUGACAGGAAUUUUGUAUCUGAUUUUGCCGCUACAAGUCGCGAGGAUGUCUUUAAUACAUCAGAGAAAAUUGAUUUAAUUAAUAAGGUUAUUUGCCAGCAUUUUUACAGACAGGGGUUGCACGAUGUUGCAGAUGCAUUGGCAGCUGAGGCCAAUAUUGUGCCUGAAGUUGUUCAAAAAGAGCCCUUUGCCCAACUCAAUCACAUACUUGAGAGCUUGAGAAAUAAAGACUUAGAACCUGCCCUUGCCUGGGCAACAGUUCAUCAUACAGAACUGGAGGAACACAAUUCAUCAUUAGAGUUUAUGUUGCACAGAUUAAAGUUUAUAGAAUUGCUCAGGAAAGGUCCCACACAUCAAACUGAUGCUAUUUGUUAUGCCAGGAUGCACUUUUCCAAGUUUGUUAGAAGACAUGAGAAAGAUAUUCAAACCUUGAUGGGAAUGUUCCUGUACAUUCCUAACGGAAUAACUAGCUCACCUUACAGUUGUUUACUAGAUCAAGAAAUGUGGAUUGAGAUUUAUGAAACCUUCACCAGAGAUGCCUGUCAACUACUUGGUGUUUCUGUAAACAGUCCAUUGAGUACUUGCAUAAAUGCUGGUGCCACUGCCAUUCCUGCUUUGCUUAACAUUAAACAAGUUAUGAUACAGAGACAGGUCUCGGGUAUAUGGAGUGGAAAGGAUGAAUUACCAAUUGAAAUUGAUUUUGGUAAUGAAAAUAGAUAUCACUCAAUGUUUGCUUGUCCUAUUUUACGACAACAAUCAACUCAAAAUAAUCCGCCCAUGAGAUUAGUGUGUGGACAUGUCAUCUCUAGAGAUGCUCUUAAUAAAUUAUGCAAUGGCAAUAAAAUGAAAUGCCCCUAUUGCCCUAUGGAGCAAACACCGAACGACGCGAGACUAAUCUUUUUUUAAUUUUCAGUUUCAUAUGUUAUUGUUAAUCAUGUAUAUACAUAUUAUUUUUUCUAAUGUUGAUAGUUGUGGUAUAUAUUUGGUUUGCGUUCUAUUGUGAUCUCUAAUCGAAUAGAUAUAUAGACUAUACUUUUCAAAUAAAAUUUUUUAUUUAUCUUAGACUAAUACUGCCUAUUUUAAUAAAUAUAUGAUAGUUAUA